GUCGUGUUGUACGCGAUCCUCAGACCUUAAAAUCAAAGGGUUAUGGUUUUGUAUCCUUUGUCAAAAAAUCGGAAGCUGAAAGUGCCAUAACGGCCAUGAACGGACAAUGGCUGGGCUCACGUUCAAUUAGAACAAAUUGGGCUACCAGAAAACCGCCCGCGAGUAAAGAAAAUAUUAAACCCUUGACCUUUGACGAAGUCUACAAUCAAAGCAGCCCCUCAAAUUGCACCGUCUAUGUGGGUGGUGUAAACAGUUCUCUAACAGCAUUGAGUGAGGAAAUUUUACAAAAGACUUUUUCACCUUAUGGAUCAAUACAAGAAAUAAGAGUUUUUAAAGAUAAAGGCUAUGCGUUUGUUAGAUUUUCCACCAAAGAAGCUGCUACUCAUGCCAUUGUUGGUGUUCACAAUACGGAAAUUAAUGCCCAGCCCGUUAAAUGUUCGUGGGGCAAGGAAAGCGGUGAUCCUAAUAAUGCCCAAACUAUAGCCAGUCAAGCUCUUAAUCCUGCUGCUGCAGGAUUUCCUUAUGGUGUAGGGGCAGCUGCUGCCGCCGCUGCGGCUUAUGGUCAACAACUUGCUGCUACGGGUUGUUGGUACUCUCCCACACCCACGUAUCCUGCUUCAUCGGCCACAGCUGCUGUAACGCCUGCUGCCUCGGCUGCGGUACAAAAUCAAUUUCUGCAAGGCAUUCAAGGUUAUCAUUUUGGACAGUAUGGUGGCUAUCAGCAAGGUUAUAUGGGCAUGGGCGUUCAAAUUCCAGCUACUUGGCAAGGUGUUGCUACACAAGCACAAAUAUCUCCUGCUCAACAAUUGGCGACGGCGGGUGUUGCCGGUACUGCCAUACCACAGGCAGCCGGUGUAGUUGCUUAUCCCAUACAACAAUUUCAAGUUAGCCCACAGGUUGGUAAUGUGAAAUGUUUAUAAAUGUGUAAAUACAUACAUAAAUAUUUAUAUACAUAUAUAGAGUAGAUAGCAGAGUAGAUGAAGUAUAAGAAAUGUUUCCGACAUAAUUAUGAACAUUU